UCCGAACGUGCCUCUCCGCUUAUCGAGGUGUGGAUGGAAGCUUAAGUUAAAUUUAAGGUCAUUUAAAAACAAGAAGUCACCGUUCAGGUAUCUAAGAUAUGGCAUUACGGACCUAUGGCGCUUGUGCUCUCUGUCAGAAGGUGUCUGUCCUGAGGAUGAUGUGCAGGGGAAUGAGUGCAACUGCACACCCACAGUCUCAGGUGGAUUUCCUAAAAGGAGAAGUACAUAAGAAGCACCCAGGUGUGACCAACCUGAAAACACUGCACCUACCUGAGGAACUCCAGAUGGCUGCACGGUCAAUUAUUCACAGCGCUCAGGUGGAUCGGCUGACUGACUGCACUCGGAAGCUCACAAACAUCCUGUGGAGCAGAAAACGAGCAGUUGAUGACCUCACUCUGAGGCAGAGAGCUGUAAGACUGGAGAAAGAACUUUGGGACAAAGCAAUAGAGAAUAGAGGAGAUAUAGACGAAGAAGUGGUUCAGGAUCGCGUCAGGAAGAAAGUGUUUUCAGAGCUCAGAAGAACCACCUAUCACUGGACUCCCAUGAAGUAUGAUGAAGAGUUAGGUGUGGUGUACAUGGCGGCUCGGCUGGCUGGGGGCUUCGCAGCAGUGAGGAGAGCAAUAAAUGAGAUAAAGAAGAGGGAUCCCUCUUUUGCCCCUCAGUCUCUCCUGGAUUUUGGUUCAGGACUGGGAACAGUUGUCUGGGCGUCACACUCCUGCUGGGGCGACUCUUUGAAGGAGAUGGUGUGUGUGGACAGCUCCGGGCCGAUGAACGUCCUGGCUGAGCGACUUCUCAAAGGAGAUGAUGAAACAGCUGAACCUCACAUCAAACAUGUAUAUUUCAGACAGUUCCUCCCUGUCUCACCCAAGGUGCAGUUUGACGUGGUUGUAGCCGCCUUCACCCUGUCAGAGCUUCCCAGCAUGAAGGAGCGAGAAGAGGCAGUGUUCACUCUGUGGAGAAAGACAAGCUCGUACCUGGUGCUGGUGGAAAAUGGGACCAAAGAUGGCCAUCAGAUUCUUAUGGAGGCCAGAGACACUUUGUUAAAGAAACAAGAGAAGACUGUCCAUGACACCAGACCAGCGUCUGUGUUUGCUCCGUGUCCUCAUGAACUGAUGUGUCCUAAACUGGCCACCGAGCCCACCACGCCCUGCAACUUCCUCCAGCGGUACCAACCUCUGCCUCUGCGAGGGCGCAAUGAGCAGCAGACGGAGAAGUUCAGCUACUUGAUUCUGACUCGGACAGAACCACCGCAGGCAGAAACAGAAGGCGUGGAUUGGGCCAGGCUGGUCGCACCUGUGCAGUGCAGAACAAGACACGUCCACUGUCGAAUGUGCUGCCCGGACGGACAGCUGCAGCACCUGGUGGUGACAGCACGAAAGCACAGCAGAGAUGUGUACCGCUGUGCUCGGAACAGCGACUGGGGAGAUCAGCUGCCGAUCAUUCAGAAAGACGAUGAUGACGUCCAGACUGAUUCAGAGUGAUGAUUCAGCGAGGAAGAGUAAAAAGCUAAGACUGCCAUCCAAGGACUCAUCAGUUUUUCGAUCAGCAGAACAUUUAUGUUUCCUGACUGGAACUCAUUUGACAACAGAUUACUUAAAUAAAAGGUCACAACCGUG